AUGGGAACGCUACGGGACCUCCAGUUUGCUCUGCAGACUAAGAUUGAGGAGCUCCGACAACGUGAUGCCCUCAUAGAUGAACUGGAACUGGAGCUGGACACUAAAGAUGACCUCAUUAGACAGCUACAGGGAGAGCUGGACCGUCAGCGAGCUGGCCUGAUUCCUUCAGUCUCGUCAGGCUCAGGCAAUGCCACAGGACUGUCCACUGUUCCAUCAGAGGAGCCACAGCGAACCAAGAGACAAGCCAUCUCAGCAGAGCCUACUGCUCUGGACCCCAGUCAGCUCACCCACGUCACACUGACCAACUACAGCAAGAGUGAGAAGUCUCGUGAGCUGAUCCAAAGGGCUCUGCUGGAGAAUGACUUCAUGAAGCAUCUGGAGGCCAGUCAGAUCCUGACCAUUACCGACUGCAUGCACCCCACCACUGUGACCAAAGGCUGCUGUGUUAUCCAGGAGGGAGACGAUGGCUCCCUGGUCUACGUGCUCGAGGAGGGGAAGGUGGAGGUGACUAAAGGUGGACAGAAACUGUGCACCAUCGAGCCGGGAAAAGUGUUUGGAGAGCUGGCCAUCCUCUACAACUGCACACGGACUGCCACUGUCACAGCGCUGACAGAUAUCAAACUAUGGGCUAUCGACCGACAGGGCUUCCAGACCAUAAUGAUGAGAACAGGCCUGAUCAGACACUCACAGUACAUGGAGCUUCUCCGCAGUGUACCCUCCUUUAAGGCUCUGACUGAGGAUGUUCUCAGUAAAGUGGCUGAUGUUUUGGAGGAGACUCACUACAGCGAUGGAGACUAUCUUAUCCGACAGGGGGCCACGGGAGACACAUUCUUCAUCAUCAGUGAGGGACAGGUAAAGGUCACUCAGCAGAAAUUAGCCAAUGAGGAACCAGUAUAUCUGUCCACUCUCUCCAGAGGGGAUUGGUUUGGAGAACAGGCAUUAAAAGGCGAAGACGUGCGGACAGCAAGCGUAACAGCGGUCGGAGACGUCACCUGUCUUGUGGUGGACAGAGAGUCGUUCAGGCAGCUGAUUGGUGGACUGGAUGACGUCAGUAACCGAACUUACGAGAGUGAUGAGCUGAAGGCCAAGUUGGAGGCAGAGGCAGAGUUUUUCUCCAGUUUGUCCCUCAGUGAUUUUCGGGUGAUCUGUACUCUGGGUGUGGGAGGUUUCAGCCGCGUGGAGCUGGUGCAGCUGAAGAACGAUCCCGCACGAUCCUUUGCCAUGAAGGUUCUGAAGAAGCGUCACAUUCGGGACAUGAGUCAGCAGGAACACAUCCUGUCCGAGAGACGCAUUAUGAUGGAAGCACACAGUCCUUUCACUGUCAGGCUGUACCGGACCUUCCGAGAUCCCAAGUACCUGUACAUGUUACUGGAGGCGUGUCUGGGCGGGGAACUGUGGACUCUCCUGAGAGACAGGGGCUCUUUCGAUGACGGCACCACGCGGUUCUACACGGGCUGUGUCGUGGAAGCGUUGGCUUUCCUCCACUGCCGCGGCAUCAUCUACAGAGACCUCAAGCCUGAGAACAUCAUUCUGGACCAUCGCGGAUACGCGAAGCUGGUGGAUUUUGGCUUUGCUAAAAAAGUGGGUUUGGGGAAGAAAACGUGGACAUUCUGUGGUACGCCUGAGUACGUGGCUCCGGAGAUCAUCCUGAACAAAGGUCACGAUGUGUCUGCAGACUGCUGGUCUCUGGGCAUUCUCGUCUUCGAGCUCCUGACAGGAAGUCCACCUUUCUCAGGGUCGGAUCCCAUGAUGACCUACAACUUCAUUCUCAGAGGAAUUGAUAUGGUGGAAUUUCCAAAGAAAAUCACUAAGAGUGCAGCUAACCUGAUCAAGAGACUCUGCAGGGACAACCCCUCAGAGAGACUCGGGAACCAGAAGAACGGGGUUAAGGACAUCCAGAAACACAAGUGGUUUGAAGGGUUUAAUUGGGAGGGCAUUCGGGAAGGCACUCUAGCACCCCCCUUCACACCCACGGUCGACGGGCCUCUGGACACCAGCAAUUUUGACUGUUUCCCUGACGACCCCGAGGACCCCCCACCCGAUGAGGAGUCUGGCUGGGACAUGGAGUUCUGA